AUGAAGCGCCGAGGGGGGAGCCUUACGGAGGCCCCCCGGACCCGCAAGCGGCUCUGCGGCAAAGCUCCGCCUGAGGAGCUGCUGCGACGGGCCCAGGAUGCUUUGGAGAGCGCCGGCGCUCAGCGAGCGCUCGCGGAUCGGGAGGCUCGGAGGCAGGCAGAGGAGCUGGAGGCCGAGGCGCAGCGGCAAGGCGCGCGGAUUUGGCAUGGGCAGGCGGAAGAGCGGCAGCGCUCCGCCAAGGCAGCGCUGGACGAAGCGCUCAAACGCGUGGAGGCAGCCCAGCGUGCGCUCGAAGAGGCAAAGCAGCAGGCUUCCAUGCGGCAGCAGUCUGCUGACGCGGCCUGCCAGGAGCUGCAAGAGGCGAAGCAGCAGAUGGAAGCAGGUGUGCAGGAGGGAGCGGCUCGGCGGCGGGCUGCGGAGGAGCUGGCGCGCCAAAGGGCGUCCGAGGAGGCUGCCAUGAAGCUCAAGCUGCGUGGCCUUUGCUCUGAGCUGGGCCUGAGCACAAAAGCAGAGGAGGGCAGCGAGGGUCUCACCCGCAUCUUGGAGAAAUCUCUGUCGGAUGCGGGGCGUCCGCUGCGAACGAGUAUGGAUGCGCCACCGGCCCUAAAGGCGGCGGAAACGGAGCCAGAGGUGGCGGCGAAGGUUGCAACUGGAGGGGAGCAAGGCGCAGGCUCUUUGACAGGAGCGCCGGCGCCGGACGGCGCUGUGGUGCCGGACAAGGCGCCGGCGCCGGACCUGGCACCGGCGCCAGACAAGGCGCCGGCAGAUGGCAGCGCACACGUGGUGCUGGUCAUGGAAGGCGGCCAAUUCCGAGUAGAGCCGACCUUCCCGGUGGAGACAGCGGAGGAGCGGCAGCAGCAGCUGUGCGUGCAGCUGCAGGAGACGGAGCAGGCGCUGGAGCAGCGCCGGGGCGAUCUACGGGCGGCCAAGGAGGCUCACGUGGCCUUGGCUGCUCAGAUCAGGGAGAAGCAGGAAGCAGCGAAGCCCGUGAUCAGACAGUUGGAGCAGGACGUGGCGAAAGCCAAGCAGGCACAGGAGGCUUGUGCUGCAGAGGUGGCAAAGGUCCAGCAGCUGCAGCAGAGCUUUGAGGAGAUGCAGGACCCCGAGAAGGUCAAGCCCAGGGCCGCCAAGGCCAAGCUUUCGCCACUGCAGCAGCUGGGGAUAGAGGCGCAGGCGGUCACCAGUCUGGUUGAACUGCUGCAGAAGAAGAAGUCCAAGCGCAGCCCCAAAGAAAGGAAGCUCUUGACGCUGGUUCAGGACACCAUCAAGGCGCAGUUGAAGGCCAGACAUGGCCUCCAAGAGAGGUGUGCGGGUGAUGUGCGGCAGCGCCAGGAGAAGGUGGAUGCUGCCCAAGCCGCAGAGCGCAAACACGCCCAGGAGGUGGAGACCUCUCAGCAGCAGGUUGCUGCAAAGGAGCUGAGCCUUAAGGCUGCAGAGGAGGUCUUGGAAACCGCACGCGCCGCCUUGGCAGAGCACGAGGCACGGAUGACGCGGGCAGGGCUCCUGCGCUUCAACUCGGCCAGCGCUGCCUGCUGCCUUUGCUGCGAGGAUGUGCCAGCGCGAGCUGCCGCGACUUUGGGGUGUGGCCACGGCUGGUACUGUCCCACCUGCGUGAAUCGCUUCGUGGAGGCACGCUUGGAGGAGGGCAUUGCCGGAGACAUCCCAUGUCCGGACUGCGGCAAGACCAUUUCCGAGGAUGACCUCGUGAGGCUCUUGCCGAAGCAAACCGUCUUCAAGCUGCACGCCUCGAACAUCAGCCGCAAGGCUGUGGCCUCUGGCGCUGUCCCGCGGUCGUGUCCGACCCCUGACUGCCCCAUGGAGAAGACCUUUGAUGACGGGGGUUCUGCACGGGAGACCUGCCCGCUCUGCGGCGAGGAAUCCUGUUGGUGGUGUGGAGCGCAGCCUUACCACGAGGGCCUCAGCUGUGAGGAAUAUCGGAGAAAACACAACGACGAUGACCAGAGCUUUUUGCAGUGGAUGAAAGCGACCGGCACGAAGCAAUGCCCAACUUGUGGAAUGGCUACAACCAAGGAGAAUUUGGAGAUGCAAACUGACCAGGUGGAGGAGUGCCACAAGAUGAUCUGCAGAAGCUGCGGCACCAAGUUCUGCUUCGGCUGCGAAGCCGUCCUCACAGAGAGCUUUUCAUGUGGCUGCACGCAGAAUGCCCACAACUUUGUGGACCCGCACACGGGCAAGCUCGUAAAGCAUUUGAAGAAGGGAAAAGCCAAGCCGAAGGCCAAAGCCAGGAAUUGA